UUCCAGCCGGUGCUGGAGCCAGUCGCCCACCAGUCGUCUCCACAAGCCGACAUGGCUAUUCAGGUACUUCUUUACGCAUGCGCGCUGCUGGGCGCGGCCAGUGCGGGCUACCUGGGCUCUCCCGCCGUCUCCUACUCGGCGGCUCCCGCCCUACGAGGCGGCCUUCCUUACAACGCCGGACUCGGACUCACAGGAGGCCUGGGCGGAGGUGCCGCUGCUUCCGCUGCCGCCGCCGCCGCCGCUGCAGCCGCUAGGGCCAGACUCUCUGGUGCCGGCAUCAGUGGCUAUGCUCCUGGCUACACUGGCGCAUUAGGAGGUGCCUAUCCUGGUGUUGGUGGUGCCUACUCUCGCCUUGCCACUGGCUACUCUGGUGUAGCUCCUGGCUACACUGGCGCUCUAGGAGGUGCCUAUCCUGGUGUUGGUGGUGCCUACUCUCGCCUUGCCACUGGCUACUCUGGUUUGGCUCCUGGCUACACUGGCGCUCUAGGAGGUGCCUACCCUGGUGUUGGUAUUGGUGGUGCCUACUCUCGUCUCGCUCCAGGCUACGCUGGCGCCGCCCCUGGCUACGCUGGUCUGGCCGCUGCACGUUACGCUGGUGGUCUGGGCCGCCUGGCCGGUGGGCUGCCCGCCGAGCUGGCUGACCCGUACUACGACCCCAACCCGCAGUACAGCUUCAGCUACAGCGUCAGCGACGCCCUGACCGGCGACGCCAAGCAGCAGCAGGAGAGCCGCAGCGGCGACGUGGUCGAGGGCAGCUACAGCCUGGUCGAGCCCGACGGCAGUGUGCGCACUGUCCAGUACACGGCCGCCCCUGGUGAAGGUUUUAAUGCUGUCGUCUCCAAGGAUGGUGUCCCAACUGGGCCUGCCCCCCUGGGAGCUGCUGUCGUUCCUGCCGCUGCCUCUGCUCGAAACAUUCUUCCAGGAGGCAUACUUCCUGGAGCUGCACGCUCUCUGCUGUCUCCAGCUGCCACUGCUGGAGUCUACGGAGCACCUCUGAAGACGGCGCAUGCCUCCCUCGCCACGCCACACGCAAAGGUACACUACUAGUGCCCUCGCAAGCUGAUACCUUGUAAAUGUGACCACCGAAUGUAUUGCGAAAAUGGCUCUCAUGUAGCAAUAAAAUGUACAUAUUUACGAAUUGCUCUGUCAAUUUAUCACUGUAAUAUUUGUAUAAAAAUAAAAUUAUCUGUCCUUAUUUGAA